AUGCAUUCGUUCGUUUUGUUUUCUUGGCUUCUGGCGCUACUAUCACAGGCCUAUGCGUGGGGGCCGCGACGGUCGUCCUAUGGCCCACCGGGUCACUACGGCGGCCUACAUACGCAUGAUUCCAGCUUCGUACCAGACCAUGUAUUGCGACUGACCUACGAAAAUGUCUCAGUCGGCUGCCAGACGCGCCAGUCCGUGCUCGUUAAUGGUAGCUUGGUCGGACCAGCGCUGAGGUUGAGACCUGAGGAGAGGAGUUGGAUCAGAGUCUACAACGACAUGGAGGAAUUCAACACCACUAUGCACUGGCAUGGAUUGAGUAUGCGCAUGUCACCUUUCUCUGACGGCAGUCCGACAGCGGCUCAAUGGCCCAUACCUCCCAAUCACUUCUUCGAUUAUGAGAUCUUUCCACUGAAGUCGGAGUCCGGAACCUAUUUCUACCACUCGCACGUAGGAUUCCAAGCGGCGACGAUGUCUGGACCAUUGAUCAUCGAGGAUGAAGAAGAACCCCCUUAUGCGUACGACGAAGAACGCAUCGUAUAUCUCACGGACUAUUUCAACAAAACUGACUCCGAUAUCGAGGCAGGCUUGAUGGGAUCACCUUUCACCUGGUCAGGCGAAACCAAUGCCGUCCUCAUCAACGGUGUCGGCGUGGCCAUUGGAGAGACAGCUGGGCAAGGGGAUUGUGCGUUGCCGGUAAUCGAUGUCGAGCCUGGAAAGACAUACCGACUGCGCUUUAUCGGUGCCACAGCCCUUUCAAUGGUGCAGAUGGGCAUUAUGGGUCACGACAACCUCACGAUCAUAGAAGUCGACGGCUCCUACACCAAGCCACACACCGAGAAGUUCAUGCAGUUGAGUACUGGCCAACGGUUUGACGUUAUACUGCAGGCCAAAACCGAAGAAGAACUCCAAGGAACAACCGACUAUCUCAUUCAGUUGGAAACCAAAGAACGACCACAGGUUUACCAUGGUUACGGCGUCCUUCGGUACUCUGGAGCUCCACCGCAGAUCAGCACAGCACCCGAUGUACCUCCGUUGACAUUCUCUAACAAAACCUACGAGUGGGCGGAGUACGCCUUCGAACCCAUGGAAGCGGACGACUUCCCCUUAGCUAGCGAAGUGACACGCCGCAUACACAUCGAUAGCCGCCAACUUUCAACGCAAAGUAUCCGAUGGCAGCUCAACGGACUAGAAUGGAACGAAACUUCCUCACCAUACCCAGGCGAUAAGCCAUACUUGGUAAACAUCUACGAAAAUGGGCCAUCCGCAAUUCCCAACUACACUGCCGCCAUCGAAAACAACGGCUGGGAUCCCGCAACUUUGACCUGGCCAGCAAAGAUGGGUGAGGUUCUUGAAAUCAUUUGGCACAACACGGGAUCCUUGGUCGACGGAAACGGGGGUCUCGACUUUCACCCUCUCCAUGCUCACGGCGGGCAUUACUGGGAUAUUGGCAGUGGAAAUGGGACCUACGACAGCGACGAAAAUGAGGAAAAGCUCAAGAACUACAACCCCAUCAAGAGAGACACAACAAAUCUAUACAGAUACGCAGAGAAAACCACAUCGGGUGACCUUUCCGGCUGGAGAGGUUGGCGUCUGCGCGUGAAAGAUGCCGGUGUGUGGAUGAUCCAUUGCCACAUUCUACAGCACAUGAUAAUGGGCAUGCAGACUGUCUGGGUUAUGGGAGAUUACCAAGACAUUACGGGCAUUCCUGCCGUCGACGCGGCUGGCUAUUUACAAUACGGCGGGAAUGUCAACGGCAACGCCACCUUUGCACCAUCAGUCGUGCAUUUAUUUGAUGUAGACAAGUAA